AUGAGCUCAGAACUGGAAUCCAUUCGCGCCUUAUUUAACGAGAAGGAAAAGGAGCUGUCGGUGGCGUUGACUAAAGUGGAUGCUCUGACCCGACAAUUGGAGGAAUUAAGCAAAGGAAACACAGCCAACAGUUAUCACAUAAACGGCAUCUCCAAUACCACUAAACACGGCAUUGAAUUGGAAAAAUUAAAACAAGAACUACUCUAUCGAAGCAAAUUGAGUGAACAGAAUGGACACGAAUUGAUGCUUAAAAGAGGUUUAUUAACGCAAAGACAGUCAGAUAUGGUUCGCGUGGAUAAGAGGAUCUGCGAACUACAGCAACGACUCGCCAGAAAACGGCAAAUCAAUCAACAGUUAUCGUCUCAAAUGCACUCCAAUCUGAUCCGCGCCAACAAUAAUGGAUUGGAUGACGAGAAUGAGGUCCACAUUAAUGGACUUCUGAGGAGUUCGAUGGGUCACAGAGGAGACCGGACUAAAGGCACGCAUACGAUGAGACCGUUGAGCGCUAAUAUCAAUAUCGCUGCCGUCGAGCCGGUGCUCAGGGAACAGACGCACAGAAUCAAUGAGUUUGAUCCACGCUUUAUGGCCAACAAACACGACCAAAAGUACCAAACGUUACCUUACAAUACAAAGUUUGGUGUCAGACAACAACCCCAUUAUCAACAGUACGGCCAAAGUGUUCACUCAAAUCAGUUGUCUGUCUCCACACCAGAAAACGACAGAAUUCGUUGCGAAAUCACUAAUGAAACAAAUAGUGCCCUAAAUAGUGAUAAUUACAAUAAUAAUAAUCACAAUAACGUAUCGAUUAUCACAAACAUUAAUAACAUGAGUAAUAACGCAAAAGCGAUGAUAAACACGAAGAAUUCGGUUCUGGAGGAGAGACCGUCGCCGUCGGGAAGCAGCGGGUCUUCAGAUCGGGCGUCGAUUCCCAAUCAUCACAACGGGAUGUCUGCUUAUAAGUUGCAACAAAUGCAUAACUCUGUCAAUACUGUCAACACUGGAAAUAGCAAUCACUGCAAUACAGCACAACAUCCCUAUCAGAACGUGAACCCAAAGAUGUAUAACGGAUCCAAUUAUGCCGAUCCCAACGGAAACUCAAUUGUGAUUCAAAGCCAAUCCGUGCCAACAAAUACCCCGAUUAACACAAAUCAGUCACAAAUAGCAACCAAUGCGUCUAAAGUGCCACAAACUAAACCCAAACCCAUUGUACCCCCGAAGCCAUCGGUUCCGGCGAAGCCGACACCACCGCCCCGUCAAACACCAAAUCAUUCAUUUAGUUCUCAAAUUCUUGACGAUUCACAAGAUAUGAACGCUUUUAAUAUAAGAUAUAGUAACAAAAAAUCGCAGAACCUAUUGACCAAUACUAGUAACUCACCCAUCAAUACAUCUAAUACCGGCUAUAAUAGGCUUCCUCUUACAUCUCUGGCCAUUCAAAAGACAUAUAAUGCCAUCAAUAGUAUGUCUGGAUUAAUGAAUCAACAGCUGCCACACCAUUGCCAACAACAGCACCAAUUGAUCCAUCAUUCCUAUGAGGAUAAGAGCCAAACACAUCCCAACCGUAAUACCAGUGAACCAUCGCAUCGGUCAUCAGAUAUGAACGAAGUUACAGACGGUUCCCAUUUGAACGGACCGACGAUGACUGUGGCGAACGAUAUCAUGUCAUCCACUUCUUCACUCUCUUCGUCGUUAUCGUCUCAAAACAAUUGUAAGAGCGAAGACAGAGACAGUACUUAUGGCUCAAUCAAGAGUAAUGGCAUUAAUAUUAAUAAUAAAGCUAUUGUUACGACUCUUUCAAACAUAUCAACCGUUAAUACCAUUAAUAAUAAUAAUAACAAUAUGUUAGCCAAUGAUUGGCAUAAAGAUAAGAGACGUCCAGUUGUGGCCAAUAAUGAAAUGGAACAGCAAUUGGCUCUUCAAGUGUCGGUCGAAACUAAAAAAUCAAUUGAUUUGGAGUCGAGCCCUAAGAAGCAAACGAACCAACCAUUGCUAUCACAGACACAUUCCGAUACCAACUCUAUUCAACACCAAUCGUCUGAUUGUAUUACAGAGAACUCAAAUCAAUUGGAAGCGAAUAUAAACAAAAUUCAAUCCGAUUUAACGCAAACAAAAUCUGAUAAAAGUGUCGACAAAGACAAUGAAAGUGAUAUAAAUCUAAUCAAAGAACAGCCAUCGAUAGGAGAGCUCAAUGAGACGACUGAGAAGACCACUCGCCAGGGAUUUGACUUUAAUUUAGUGAUUGAGAGCAACAAUAAGAAAGACAAUAAUUGCGAACCGACUGCAGAGGCGGUGACCGCUGUUUUGCCAAACCAUAAAAGUAUAGUCGGCUCCAAGAGAGUCAAAGGCAAUCUGAAAUGUCAAUUGAAUGAUAAUGAAGAUCACCGAAACACUUCCAAUGGAGGAAAGCAUCAGUUGGUGAGCAGACGAGUCAGUUUCGAUCCGCUCGCCCUUCUCUUGGAUGCCGCUCUCGAAGGAGAACUCGAACUCGUCAAGAGAACUGCCAAAGAA